AUGAAAAUUAAUGAACGUUUGUAGUUCUAAUCAAAGUAAGAGGAAAUUAAUUUGGAUAAGGAGGUCUCUGAGAUUGCUUAAAGAAUCAUGGAAAAAGUUCAAUAGAGAUCAACUGCUAAGUCAGGUCAAAAGGAGUUGCCUUCUUAAUAUCUUAGAGCAAGUGAUUACUAGGCUAGAAAAUUGUUCCAAAGCUAUUAAAUUGAAAUUAGAAGACAAUCUGAGAAGGUUACUAAAGGGCCAAGUCAAGAGAUGAGGAGAAAAGAAGAAGCUCUUCUUUCUGAUUUUAAAGUCAAUAAAUACGAGAAGCCUUAAGAGUUGAUCCGUUUUGAGAACUAAUUAAGAAUGGGAGACUUAAAAACACCUUUAAAAAGUCCAGUUUAGCCUAAUGAUUAAAGACAUAAUGAUAUACAUUAAAAGACAGUUAAAUUGAAUAAUUAUGAGAAUAUUGGUUUUUAAGAACAGAAAAGUGAGAAAAUGAAGUAGAUCUAAAUUAUGAAUGAACAUAAUCAGUAAUUAAAUUAUCAAAUGCACUAACUUAGCAGUAGAAGAAUUUCAUCACCAAAACGAGAUCAAUUAAAAUUUGAUAGCAAUUUACAAACUAAAUCUUCUUUGAGUUUUAAAACUACUUAAUUAUAAACUCCGGUUUCUGUCUCAUUCAAAUAAUAAGAUAUAGUAACCCAACUAUUGGGAAGCUUGAAGAAUUAAAAAAGAAACUAAGGAGAUUAUUCUACAAAACGAUGA